AUGAUACCUGAGGGGACAAUUGAUGAAAUAACAAAACCUGACCCUCUGCCCAUUACUGUAGACCCAGUAAAACAGUGCUCAUCACCAAACAAAGAGAACCCUUCUAUUUCUAGACAAGUUAGUGAUUCUGAAGAAAGAGAAGUCAGUGAUGACGAAGAUGAUGAUCGUAAUCAUAAGCAUCGCAGACGAGAUAAUCGUUCUCAACCCUUAGAAGAGGAUGCUCAAGGACAAUUUGCAAGGCAGCCGAUCAGGAAGAGGAAUAAGCCUUAUGAAAAUGGCCAGCAGUUUGCCGAACGUGAGCCUCAAUCUGUUGAAAUUUUCAAAGAAUACAGCCCUUUUUCAGAGAGGGACUCCUCUUCAAGUUCUGAAAAGCGACGUCAUGUACCUGUUCUUGGUAAUCCAAUGGAUUUUGGACAAAAGACAAGAAUGGGUCGUGGUUUUCGCCCCAACAACAGCUCUCGUUUUGAUUCCACAACUUUAGUCCGUCCCUCCAUUGGAGGAAGAGGAAGAGGUGCAAGUUCUUGGAACCAGCAUGAUGCCAGAUUUAACCCACUUGAUCCACUUGGUUUUGCUUCGCAAGUGCCUAGUUUACUGGGAGCAGGCUUUUCAAGUACAUCAAGUGCACAAAGUACGACAUGGGGUUCAUAUGGAUUUAUUCCUGGUAUGACUAAUGGGUGUUUGGAUCCACUUCACCCUCUUAAUCUUCAGGGAGCACUCCAUCCAUCAAUAAACUCUGUUAAUGUUGGCAUGGCACGUCAGCGGUGCCGUGAUUUUGAGGAGCGUGGGUUUUGUUUGAGAGGGGACAUGUGCCCAAUGGAACAUGGAAUGAAUCGCAUUGUUGUUGAAGAUGUUCAGGUAGAUAAUAUAUUCUUCUAUAGCUGUUUCUGAUUUUUGCCGUUCUUGGUUUAAAAUUCAUGCAUAGUCAAUAGCAACUAGGAGUCUGUCUCUGUCAUAUCUUUGGUCAUAUUUUGUGCUUGAUGUUCAAUGAAAGUAUGUUCAUGAAAUCUCUAAAAUUAGAAUGAUUUAUAAAGAUGAUCAUUCUACCAAUUGCACCUACAUUUUGUCAAAGACCAAAUUGAUACCAUUUGCCUUAUUUUGUAUCUAAUCAUUAUUUAUCAUGUUUUCAAAUUCAUUUGGUCGAUAAUGCGAUAUAAUUUUAAUCGUACUUAAAUGACUUCGUCUCAAAAGCCCUAGGAUUAGUAUACUGGUCUAAGUUACUAAGCCUUACCAGAAAAAAAAAGUUGAAGUAUCCUUGGUCUGUAAAAUUACUGCUGAGUAUGAUGUCUAAUAUUUUUCACGGGCAAGCUUACCUUUGAGAUGAGGGACCCGAGUGAAGUGCCAUUAUACUUGCCGGACAUGUAUACUACCAUGUUGGUAAAUGAUUAAAACAAGGCCUUGCUGUUGAUUAUAAAGGGAGAAAGCGGGAUGUGUGUUACAGGGAUGUGCGUUGAUUUUCAGUCGAAGAGAAUCCGAGUAGAUAAUUAUGAACGUGUUUUACUAAAAUAAUUCUGGGUUUCUGCAUUUCUGAAUAACAGCGAUUUUGUUUGUGGUAUCCAGAGCCUUUCCCAGUUCAAUCUUCCUGUGUCUCUUCCAACCACAAACAUAUUGGGAGCUCAAGCUGCUGUUGGACCCUUGCCACCAGUCACAUCGUCAAGCUUUUUGACAAAUAGCAAAUCUGCACCUAAUAAAACUACUAAAUCUGGGAUGACCAAUAAUGGAUCAGGAGUUGAUGGAGCAAUGCCUGGUCCAGCUCCUGGUGUCGAAGCAGAUGUGUAUGAUCCUGAUCAACCACUGUGGAACAAUGAUCGCCCUGAGACAUCUGGUGCUUGUCUUAGGCUUCCUUCUCCAAGCACUGAAGAUGUUGGAACACUGUGGGAAGCUGGUUCUUCUGGCCAUCAUAAUUUCAUUUUAUCAGCCAGCACGAGUAGUGAUCAACAUAGUCUCUCUGCAGGGGAUCAUCCUUCAGGGCCCGCAGCUCCACCUGUUUGGGGACGGGUUAGAUCUGGUAGUAACCUUGAAAGCACGAAAAAAACUUUUAAUACUAUGACUUCUUCAGUUUAUAUUGGGAAUGGAAUGAAGAAAGAAACAGAAGAGUCGUUAACUAAUUCUCUUAGUGCAUCAGGUCAAGUUAAACAUGCUGCUCUUGACGGAUCUGUGCCUAAAACAGCCAAAUUAACGGACACAGAUGCCGGGCGUAAGCUUGGAAAGGCUUCUCAGAAAGCUCAGCGUACAUUGUUUGUCAAUGGUAUUCCACAGAAGAACAACCGGAGAGAAGCUCUUGUUUCACAUUUCCAGAAGUUUGGGGAGAUAAUUGAUAUCUACAUUCCAGUAAGUAGUGAGAAAGCUUUUGUCCAAUUCUCCAAGAGGGAGGAGGCAGAGGCUGCUUUAAAGUCGCCUGAUGCAGUUAUGGGUAAUCGAUUCAUUAAAUUGUGGUGGGCUAAUCGGGAUAAUAUCCCUGAUGGAGAAAUCAAGGGUCAUACCACGCCUGUAGCUGUCCAGUCCACAUCAACUCCUGUUCAACUGCAGGCAUUUGUUCGUGAUAGAGGUGAAAGUAAGACAUCUAUAGCACCAAAAGCUUUCACUGUUGCCCCAGUUGGUGGUUCUACACCAGCUUCAAUCUUACAAAAACCAUCAACAGUUGGUGGCCCAAAAGUUACUCCACUGGUGCAAAGCAAAAUGGAGAGUCUGGAGUCCAUGAAAGAGGAACUUCGUAAAAAGCAGGAGUCUUUGAAACAGAAGCGAGAUGACUUCAAGCGUCAGUUGGAAAAACUACAAAAGCAAGUAAGGCCCAGCUCAGUAUGUUACUAUGGUGUAAUUUCAUUCAUUUAGUUCUUGGUUUUGCGUUCAUAUGUGGUGUAGCUGGGUACUACUAUGAUGAAAGUGGUUCUCUGUUGAGUAUUAUCUCUGGAUACAUGCAUAUUUAUCUUGGAUGCCAAAUAUGAAUCUACUUAGCGCUUAAUGUAGUUGUUAUUAUUCUAUGUAGACAUGUAUGAAAUGACUUGAGGAAAUUUUUACAUUUAUGUUCCUGUUAUAUGUAGCUUUUUACCACUUCGAUGAAAUGUCUGAUGAACAGAAGCUCAGCAUGCACUAUUACCUUGUCAUAUUACCCUGAAUGCUAAUCCGCGUAUGCUGGUUUGUAGACAUAGAUACUUGUAAUAGUUUCAUAUUAACUUCUUCAGCAUAUUUUUGCACGUGUUAACUUGAAGACACCAGUGAAGGUUCAUCCAGAUUUUCACAUCACGAAAUAGUCCCUUUACAAGACUAGAUAACUACAGAGGAUACUUGUUUGUGGGAAAAUGUCAAAACCAAAAAAAAAACCUAGGCGGGUGUGCGGUGGAGGAAGAUAGAUUCGUGUACAUUAAGUCUGGCUCGGGUCUGGUUUAUAUACCAGGCCCAUAGUACAAUAGUGAACCAGUCUAUUUCCAUACUAGGCUGCUUAAGCCCUUAGUAAGUACAUUUACAAAUUAACCAUGUGUAGGCAGAUAACGUGUGCAAAUCAGACCACUCUCCAGCUUUUACUUGAUAAAGUAUUUGUCAGUCUUGAUGUACUUUGUCCAAUCGUGUUGCACUAAGUUGUGAGCAAUACUGAUUGCAGACUUGUUGUCACAAUAAAGUCUCACUAGGUCAUCCCACUUAAUCUUCAAUUCUUCUAAGAUGAUCUUCAACUUAAGUAAUCUACACAGACCUUGAGUCAUUGGUCGAGAUUCACCCUCUGCACUUGACUGCGCUACCACAUUCUAUUUCUUACUUUUCCAAGUCAGGAGAUUGCCAUCAAGAAAGGUGCAAUAUUCAGAGGUUGAUCUCCUGUCAAUCAUUGAUCGUGCAUAAACAUCUGUUUAUGCCUCAAGUAUCAACCGACCAUUUCUCUUGAAUAAAAUACCUUUUCCUGGUGUCCCUUUAAGACACUAUAGCACUCAGUGAACUGCUUGCAAAUGGUCUUCCUUUAGGUUAUGCAUGAAUUGGCUAAUAAUACUCACCGCACAUGGUAUGUCUGCUCGCGUAUGAGACAAAUAAAUGAGUUCUCCUUUUAAGUGCUGAUACAGUUCUGUCUCUACCUCAACGUCCUCUUCUGUCUUGUCAAGUUUAAGACUCAGAUCUAUGGAGUACUUGCUGAUUUGCAUGUAGUCUUGUUCGUUUCUCUCAGAAGCUCAGUAACAUACUUUUAUUGGGAGAUGAAAAUGUCUUGUCUUGAGUGAGCUAUAAUUCUGAGAAAAUAUUUCAGCCUCCCUAAUGUUUUGAUCUCAAAAUCCUUAGUCAAACAUGGACUCAGAUAUUCUCUCUCUUUAUCAUCAUUUCCCGUCACAAUUAUGUCAUUAAUAUAUACGAAUAGUGUUGUGACUCUCCCUGAAUAUGAAUGUUUAAUGAACAGUGUGUGAUCUCCUUGGUUUUGUGUGUACCCCAUGCCAAUCAUGAUCUUGUAAAUUUAACAAAUCAUGCAUGAGGUGAUUGCUUAAAUUCAUAUAAGACUUUCUUCACUUUGCACCAUAUGAGCAACUAAAUUAUUUCCAUAACCUGGUAGGACAUUCAUAUAUAAUUUUUCCUCUAGUUCACCGUGCAAAAAUACAGUUUUAACAUCAAACUUUUGCAGUUCUCAACGGUAAGUUACUACUCAAGACAAUAAGGUUCUGAAAAUAUUCAUGUUCGCAAAUAGCGCAAAAAUCCCUAGGUAAUCAAUUCAGUAGGUCUAAUUAUAACCCUUGACGACUAAGUUUGCAUUGUAUCUGUCUGUAUAGACCUAUCUGCUCAGUAUUGCACUGUAUAGGCCCAUUUACAGCCCAAUGGUCUCUUUCCUUCUGACAGUCUUACUAAUUCCCAAUUUUGUUCUUCUGUGAUGUCUCCAUCUCAUUCAUAGCUUGUUUCCAUUCUUUAUUAGACAAAGCCUCGGAUAAGAUGGUAGGGAUAACAAUUGUGUAUAAACUAACAAAGAAUGGAUUAUGAGAUGAUAUAUAAGAAAUGAAGUAUGCAAGAUAAUAUAAAGUUCGUUCUGUGCAUUCUAUCUCUUUUGUAACAUGGAUAGUGAUGGUGUGGCUCCUUUCCCGAGGGCAAUGGGAAGAUCCUUGUCAUCAUUGCUCAUAUGAGAUUCAAAUUCAGGUUGUAAUGAAGGAUUAUAAAUUUGUACCUUAUUCUUAGGAUUCAUAGUGGAUUCUCAGAGUUUGCAUAGAUUCAGGAACAACUGUCUUCUUCUUUGAAAUCACCUUUCCUUUACCAAAUCUCACAUUUUCAAGGUUAGAGUUAGAAGUUCCUCGAGGGUUUUCUAAAGUUUCAAAUUCAGGAUUUGGCAUGAACUCAGAUACAGGUUCAAGAUUUGUCAUGCACACGAAUAUAUGCUUGGACAGAAGAAUGGGAAAGACAAAGGGAGUGACGACAGGGGGGAUAAAAUAUUUCCACCCUUCUCUUCUUUGAUUAAAUUCUCCCACUAAAUAUAAGGCUGGUGAAGUAAGACUCUUGUUCAUUGAAAGUGACAUUAAUUGUGGCAAAAACUUCUUGGAUGGAGAGUGAUAACACUUGUACACUUUAUGGGUUGGAGAAUAGCCCACAAAGAUGCACGCUUGUGUUUAGCAAGUCCCCCCCCGAUGUUGACCAAUAAUAUGAACAAAAUGAUAAACAUCCAAUUUUCCUGGGGAGAAGAUUAUUUGUGAUUUGUAGCUUUGGAUAGAAUAAUAAUAACGUUUCCAUUGGCCUCAUAAAUCGUAAGAGUCUAGAUGGCAAACGAUUUAUGAUGAGUGGUCAUUAAGAAUUGCUUCUUUGACACAUUGCUUUGAAAACGAAGGGCCGGGGUUACCUCAAGAGGACGACCAUUUAUCCUUUUUUUCUACUUCUCUUUGCUGUGGUGUAUUGACACAUGACGACUCUUUUUUUCUACUAUCCCUUAUAUUGGAAAGUGUGAAGUUAAGAUUUUAUUGAAAUAGUCUUUGGCGUUAUUUGACAUAAAUCCUUUGACAUUGACUUCAAAUUGAUUAUUAAUCGUGGAAGAAAACUUUGGGAGAAUAGUACUGACAUCAGAUUUAUGUUUGAGCAGAAAAAUCCUAGUAACAUGAGUACAAUCAUCAAUAAAUGCCACAAACCAUCUAGCCCGAUAAACAUUAUGAACCAUUGGAGGAUCACAAAUAUCACUAUAAAUACAAAAUAAAGAAGUAGAACUUUAAUUACUAACUGAAAAAGGUACAUGUUUGUGUUUAACAAGUUUGCACACAUCACAAUGAAAAUCUUAGGCCUUGAAAUAAAAAAAGGAAAUAUAAUUCUAAUAAUCUUGAAUGACAAAUGUUCAAGUUGGUGAUGGUGAAACUAUAUCUCCUUAUUAGAUGAAGGAAGCUCAAUAGAAUGUGGUAGAUCGCCCUUUGUGUUUGACUAGCUUAGUACUUCACGGUAGUAGAGUCCAUCUUGUUCUCUAGCAUGUCUAAUCUUCCUCCCUUUAUUCUUGUCAUGACAUACAUAACAUGAUGGAAAACCCACUUUGCAAUUGAAAUCUCGAGUAAAUUUUUGGAUGGACAUAAGGUCUGUGGAGAAUUUAGAGAUAUGAAGAACAUUUCUUAAGGUCAACGAAGGGCUUAUUUUAACAUCUUCUACUCCUGCUACAGUGGUCAAAUAACGAUCUGUCAUGACUAUUUUCCUACUGCUUGGAAAAGGAGAGUAUGUGAAGAAAUUUGGUGCGUGUGUCAUGUGAUUGGUAGCUCCUGAAUCCAUGAUCGUCAAAUAAUAUUUUUCUACUUUUUGGAUAAGGAGAGUAUGUGAAGAAGACAUUUGGUGAGUGUGGAGGAAAGUAGAUUUAUGUACAUUAAAUCUUGCUCAGAUCUGGUUUAUUAUAUACCAUACCCAUUGUACUAGAGUGAACUGCUCUGUUCCCACAGAAAAUUAUAUAACUGUGGUUAUAUAUCCUCUGGUUAUGAUACUUAUUUUGUGAAAGUAAGGCGGAUUUUUUUUUUUGAAAACACUCAUUGUGUAAUUAUGCUUUCUAAAGUCAUACAUAAUAUUAUAUGAGUUUCAACACUACAUGCAUUCAUGGACCACUUUUUUCUUUGCUGUUUGCCUUCUUACGUAGAUUUCCAUUUCUCUAAUCAUUUUAUAGUUUCAUUUGUUUUCGAGCUAGUUGUGAUUAUCUUGAUGAGCUUAAUAACUUUCCCUAUUCCUGUGCUUUCUUUUUUUCAAUACGGAGAAGUUUCUUCUUAUGUUUGUUAAAUUUUCGGAAGAGACAAUUUGGUUUGAAGAAUUUUUUUUCAGUUGAGAUCUUCGUUUUCAGUUUUCUCUGUACAUGUUUUCGUAUUGCAGAAUUUCUCAAUUAACAAGAAUGAAGUGGUGACUGAACGACCAGCCAAAAAACUUAAAACGGAUGAGGAUGCUGAAGUUACAAAAGCCUCAACCCCUCGCCCUGCCAAUAGUAAUAUUGUUGGAGGACACCAGGAACCGGAAAAGCCACAGGAUAAAGGAAGUUCCAGGGAGACAAUUGUCUCACCCAGUUCAAAACUCAGCAUGACAUUGGUUCAACAGUCACCGAGGAGCUUGAAACUGGCAGGUCAUUCGCCAGGAUUGUAUGCAAAUAGAUUCAAGAUAGACAACCGGCCUACUGCUUUUAAAAUUAUUUCACCACUGCCAGAUGAUCUUGCAAGUGUAAGUCAUAUCAUUGCUGCCUUCGUUCGUAGAUUCAUUUUCAUACUAAGACUGGCAGACUCACUUAUUCAUGAGCAGGACGUGUCUAAACUUUCUUAGACUUUAAUUUUUGAUUAUUUCAAUUUGCCUUCGAUUGUACUUGGUUCCUUACUGCUGUCGUUCUCAACAUCAUCACCACCAUCAUCAUCAUCAUCUUUCUCGUUUCCUUCAUUUUCUGAAACCCCAAAUGAUUAUUUCCACGAUUCGGGACGGAUUGAUUAGGAGUCUUAAAAGGUAAUCUUGUAUCAAUGGAACCAGACAUGUAAUAAAUGUAGCAGUUUCCUUCCCUGAUGCCCACUGAUUUGUCCUGGCUUGGGACUGUGUGUAUGAAUCAUAAUCCAAGCAGAGUUUUUAGUCUGCGUUCUAUAACAAACGUCAACGAGAAGUCUUUUAUUUAUGCAAUUUUGAAACCUGUUGAGUGUUCCCAAUUUUUAGAAUAUCAAACAUAUUUUCGUUCGCCAAAAGAAACUGAAUUGAUCUUUUGGCUUAGUCUUGAUUCUGCCGCUUACAAAACUGCUAUCUUGUUAAAUGCUUAUUUGAUGGCCGCCGUUUCUUACAGAAAUGUGCAUGCAAAUUAGAGAUGCACUGAUCAAGAAGCUAACGAGCAUGUAUCUUAGCAUGCGUGCAUCAUUUACACAUAAAUAUCGUGCGCAUAACGUCUUGAACUGGAUGUUGACCAACCUCAAAUGAAACUGCUUGGUGACAUUCGCUGACCCCUUUAUUCGUAAUUCUGUGAUCCAUUUUGAUUUUGGGUACAUAAGAGGCAAGCACUACAACAAUUGGACCUAGUCCCUGGAGUUAAUGAUUUUUCAUUCCAUUUUUAGUGGUACAAGUUCGUAAUACAGUGCCAGCCUGUCUUGAACUUGGAAGGAUUGGAGGUCACUAGCAGGAUUGGUUUUUUUUUUUUUUAAAUAAAAAAAUCUGUUUUGGUUAUGGUCACCUUAAGUUUUCACCUACUGGUAGGGUGCUUGAACUUGAAGGAAUUUCAGCUAGUGGGGCAGCUUAUGUUUGAGUUUCACCAGUGGAUAUCUUGUGGUGUUUUCUCUCAAGUUCCAGGCCUGCGGGCGUCUUCUGCCAGAGGGUUGUUGAUACUUGCACAAAUUUUGAUGCUUGGAGACUUGAUUGGAUUAUCCAUUUCAUUUUAACCGUUGAACUAUCAACGGAGGAUAAAUUGAUGUUGAUUUUUCUUUGAUUAUUUCACAUCAUGCUAUUUUAAUUCUCUCAUUUAAAGAGAUGAAUACCCCGUCUCAUCUGGUCAAGAAGAUGCUUAUUCCAAUCUACGUAAUGCAGGUUGCUGCUCUGAAAGAGCAUUUCUCAGCGUUCGGCGACCUUGCAGGGAUUGAGCUCGAUGCCUCAGAGACAGAACCGUGUGACUCAGGCUCAGUGGCUUCAUCAAAUCGCUCAGCCCUAGUAACCUUCACAACUCGGCGCUCUGCUGAGAAAGCAUUCAGCUCUGCAAUUUCCUGGCAAGGCCAUAGCUUGCAGUUCGCCUGGCUGAUUCCCACAUCCAGUUCCAACUUCGCUCAUAACGCUGGAGAAAUUUCCACGAGUAAAAUUUCGAAGGGACCCUCUGAUGCGUCUGGUUCAUCUUCCUUGAUCUCGGGAACCCAAAAUAGCAUCGCCGUCCCUGAGGGUGGAGGUGGCAUGGACGGCGGAGAGUGUGCGCAGACAGAACAGAGAGACUGUGCUGGAGGGCUCCCAGCAGAUAAUCUGGCACGGGUUUCUCCCUCUAGUCCUCUCUCUAAUGAGUGCGAAGAGAGGCCUCCCCAGCCUGAUGCUCCAGUCGUUGAGGAUCAUGCCGAUGUUGGUCUGGCGGAAUGA